AUGGCCAUGCUUCCUCCUUAUCACGCGGCUGAUCAGCAGCAGUAUGGUGGACAAGGACCAUAUAUUUAUGCUGGUCAGCAGUGUGCUGCGCCAUACCAUCCUGCUUUGCAGCAGCAGCAGCAGUGGCUUGCACCACCUCAUAUGUUUGGCCCUGCAGUGUUGCCAUAUGCUCAGCCGCCUAUGUUUGGCGGCUAUCAGCAACCCUCAUUUCUGCCACCGCCACUACCUCAACAACAACAACAACAAACUGUGCUUACCGACGUGAACGCACAGUAUCUUUGCCCAAGGGGAAGCGCCCUUUUGGUUGGCAACCUGAGGAAUGGGAUUCCUCCAGCCAAGUUGUCCGCAGACCUCAAGGCGACGUUCAAGGGACGGUGGUCAGCCGAUUGCUGGGUGAAGAUCGUCCAUUUCAAGAUUCGCCCCAAUGGCAACCCAGGUGGCCAAUAUAUCGCAUUCGUCACCUUCCAGACCGUCCAGCAAGCACAACAGAUCUUGACGGCCGUGCAGGCGAAUUACCAACCGAUAGUCCUGCAUGGUAUGGUUCUGCGGCUUGAAGAGGCCAGGGGAGAAGUUAAUAGACCCCCAGUCAACAGCCCUCCAGUCAAUGAACCUCCAGUCAACAGUCCUCCAGUCAACAGCCCUCUAGUUAAUAGCCCUCUAGUCAACAGCCCUCCAGUCAAUGGACCCCCAGUCAACAGUCCUCUAAUCAACAGCCCUCCAGUCAACAAGCCUCCAGUCAACAGCCCUCCAGUCAACAGCCCUCCAGUCAACAGCCCUCCAGUCAACAGCCCUCCAGUCAAUGGACCUCCAGCCUAUGGGCACAUAGCCAACGCGCACCCAGCCAACACGCACACAGCCAACACGCACACAGCCAACACGCACACAGCCAAGGGAACCCCCAACGGGCAAGCUGUCAACGGGCAUAAGGUACUAGUAGUCAAUGAGAGCACAGCCAACAGGCACCCACCCAACGGACAUAUGGUACUGGUAGUCGAUGGGAGCCGAGCCAAAGGGCGCCACCCCGUCUUCAUCUGA